AUGAAUGAAAAAAUGCCAGUGAUCUGGAAGUUAUUCCUGAAGCACGGGAACACCCCUACAAGCCAGGCCAGGUCAGUUUUCUGCCAGUUUUUCGUCUCCUGUCAAGAUUCCUGUGAACCUGUGAUUAUUUCCAGUGUGAUGAGGAUCACCAGCCCUGGCCCGACCUCAGCUCCAGGCCCAGGUUCUCACAGUUUCCCUGAGGGAGAAAUUGAGGCGGCAGGAAAGGACCAAGGAGUCCCAGGUUAUCCCCCGCGGCCAACCUCAGAGACCCCACACCUGCUCUGGAAGCUGCCUUCUCUCGUGGUCUCCCGCGGGAGUGCGGCAGAGAGGCCAGGACCCGGAGAGCUGGGCCACGCUGGCCUGGCCCAGGGCGUCAUCACAGAUGUCCACGCUGCCUUCAGCUUGCCCGCCGUGCCAUCGUGGACUCCAGAGUCUGCGCAAGAAGCCCUUCUGAGUCUAGGCAGGUGGAUAAAGGAAGCAGCAUGGGUGUUCAGGAGCACACAUCCCUCCGGCCAGCACCCAGCCCGUCUCGUCUCAUCCACUUGA